AUGCAACCAAACAAGACUUCCAACAUGAUGCCCGUACGUCUCAUCACUUUGAACAUUCGCUAUGCCAUCAAAAAGACGCUGUUGCCAAAUGAGGAGCCCUGGGAAGUCCGUUGCCCCAGGUUAACGUCUCAGCUAAGAUUUCAUACCGCAGGCCUGACGAGUGCCUUUCUUUGCAUCCAAGAAGCGCAACAUCAACAACUACACGACUUGAAAGCUGAGCUCGGUCCACAGUGGGCCAGCAUCGGUCGUGGCCGUGCGGACGGGGCAUUCGAUGGAGAAUAUUCGCCGGUCCUCUAUCGAACCGAUCAUUGGAGUGCCGAGCGGAGCGAGACGUACUGGCUCAGUCCCACGCCGGAAGAGCCUUCAAGCGCAUGGGGCGCAACUAUCAACCGCAUCGUCACGGUGGGCCUCUUCAAACACAAGACUUCCGACGCCAGGAUCGUCGUCAUGAGCACCCAUCUCGAUCACAAAAGCCGAGAGGCCAGGCGCGAGAGCGCCAAACUGCUACUCGAGAUUGCUGAGCGCUGGCGGAAGGAUGCCUCUGAAGGCCAAGAGCAGGAUGUACCGGUGUUCCUGGGCGGCGACUUCAACAGCGGGCCGAAUGACGAGCCGCAUCAGUUUUUGACCGCUCAACCUGGCGGCAUGACUGAUAUUUCGGACUUGGUGUCAACUCGCCACCAUUAUGGGAACCAGAUUACUUACACAACCUUUGGCGAGGCGGAUGCAACGACGAUUGACUAUCUUUUUGUGCUGAAUCCUGAGCGCAUACGGUUUUGCAGCUUUGCUGUACUAUCAAACCGCUUCGAUGAUGGUGUCUAUUACUCAGAUCAUCGGCCAGUGGUCGCGGAUAUGGAAAUACCAGUUGCAAAAAGCUGCUAA